AUGGGGAGCUCAUCAGCCCAGGAUGAGCCUGUGGGACCGGGAGACCUGGCACGCCCACAGCUGGAUGGAUCUGCCAAGCGCUGCACCCUUGGGCCCAGGACAGCCCCACAGUGCCCAGGCUUCGGCCUAGUUGGAAGCACACGGGAAGCCAAGUUCCUGGGAGUUUGCUGGCCUGGCGCCCACAACCCAUGCCUGCAACUGCGCAGCGCACCUGGAGGCCCUUGCGCAGGGGCUCGAGGGGCUCCAGGGGCUCCAGGGUGGGCUGCGCUCCACAUCCUCAAGCACAGUACUCUCAGCGUCAAGAGGCUGCUGCGAGGCCCAGGGCGUGGGUUCUGCGCCCGCGAAAGGAGAAACGAGGCCAUCGGUGAAGGCGAGGAAGCCGAGGCCAGAGGGAAUGAGCGAAGGAAGAGCGAAAGGACGACGGCCAAGAGCGAGCGUCCAACGGGCCCCCGGGGCCGGGGGGAGCGGGCUUCUGGGGUGCCCGCGACGUCCGCCACGGCGCCGGGGGAGCGGGUCGGGGAUGGGGCGCCCAGCCGGGCGGCCGGGGCCUCGGCCAUGUUCGCGGGGCUGCAGGACCUGGGCGUGGCCAACGGCGAGGACCUGAAGGAGACGCUGACCAACUGCACUGAGCCGCUGAAGGCCAUCGAGCAGUUCCAGACGGAGAACGGCGUGCUACUGCCCUCGCUGCAGUCGGCUCUGCCCUUCCUGGAUCUGCACGGGACGCCGCGCCUGGAGUUCCACCAGUCGGUGUUCGAUGAGCUACGGGACAAGCUGCUGGAGCGGGUGUCGGCCAUCGCCUCGGAGGGGAAGGCUGAGGAGAGGUACAAGAAGCUGGAAGAUCUCCUAGAGAAGAGCUUUUCUCUGGUCAAGAUGCCGUCUCUGCAGCCAGUGGUGAUGUGCGUCAUGAAGCACCUGCCGAAGGUUCCCGAGAAGAAGCUGAGACUAGUGAUGGCUGACAAGGAGCUGUACCGAGCCUGCGCCGUGGAGGUGAAGCGGCAGAUCUGGCAGGACAACCAGGCGCUGUUUGGGGACGAGGUCUCCCCACUGCUGAAGCAGUACAUCCUGGAGAAGGAGAGCGCGCUCUUCAGCACCGAACUCUCGGUGCUACAUAAUUUCUUCAGCCCUUCCCCCAAGACCAGGCGCCAGGGCGAGGUGGUACAGAGGCUGACGCAGAUGGUGGGGCGUAGCGUGAAGCUGUACGACAUGGUGCUGCAGUUCCUGCGCACGCUCUUACUGCGCACCCGGCUCUUCCUGCGCACCCGGAAUGUGCACUACUGCACGCUGCGGGCCGAGCUGCUCAUGUCGCUGCAUGACCUGGACGUGGGUGACAUCUGCUCCGUGGACCCCUGCCACAAGGGCGUGGGGACCUGGGGGCCCAGCGCCCUGACACGUGCUCUCGCCGCCGUUCACCUGGUGUGCAUCCGAGAGCUGUUCGUGGACAGCAAGAGAGCCCGGGAGCUGCAGGGCUUCCUCGAUGGCGUGAAGAAGGGGCAGGAGCAGGUCCUGGGGGACUUGUCCAUGAUCCUGUGCGACCCCUUUGCCAUCAACACGCUGUCUCUGAGUACCAUCAGGCAUCUGCAGGAGCUGGUGGGCCAGGAGACGCUGCCCAGGGACAGCCCCGACCUCCUGCUGCUGCUCAGGCUGCUGGCCCUUGGCCAGGGAGCCUGGGACAUGAUUGACAGCCAGGUCUUCAAGGAGCCCAAGAUGGUAAGGGGCUCCGUGACCAGGUUCCUGCCCAUGCUCAUGUCCUUUGUGGUGGACGACUACACCUUCAACGUGGACCAGAAGCUUCCAGCCGAGGAGAAAGCCCCCGCUGUGUACCCGAACACGCUCCAGCCCCUGCCCAGGUUCCUGCAGGAGCAGCGCGUGGCCUGCGCGGUGGGACUCUACUACGUGCUGCACGUCACCAAGCAGCGGAACCGGAACGCGCUGCUGCGCCUGCUGCCCGCGCUCGCGGAGACCUUUGGGGACCUGGCCUUCGGUGACAUCUUCCUGCACCUGCUCACGGGGAGCCUGGCGCUGCUCGCCGACGAGUUCAGCCUGGAGGACUUCUGCAGCAGCCUCUUUGAUGGCUUCCUGCUCACUGCCUCACCCAGGAAGGAGAACGUGCACCGACACCUGCUGCGGCUCCUCCUGCACCUGCACCCCCGGGUGGCCCCGUCCAAGUUGGAGGCCUUGCAGAAGGCCCUGGAGCCCACGGGCCAGAGCGGCGAGGCUGUGAAGGACCUCUACGCGCAGCUGGGUGAGAAGCUGGGGCAGCUGGACCCACGGAAACCCAGCCCAGCCCAGGCCACUGAGACGCCAACCCUGGAGCUGCCCCUGCCCAGCGCGCCUGCCCCGGCUGGGCUCUGAGGCUUCGCCUGGGACUGCUCGGUCAGGAGGCCCGGGGCCCGGACUGGGGUUGCAGUCCAGUCAGUGCUCUCGGCCUUGAGGCAGGCUCAGCUGGGGGUCAGUCCACUGGGCUGGGGCCGAGGUUACCACCAUCAGGGACACAGCUGGGCCCGCCCCUCCAGGGCCCCACUCUAUGUAGGUCGGGUCUUUACGGCUGCAUAGGGACGGAGAUGGCAGCUGGGAUUAGGAAGAGCCUUGUGUUUCCCAAGGGGAGAGUGAGGGGCAGUCUCCGGGCGAGGCCUCUGGGGCAGUGGCGGAGCUACCAGGUGGGCACAGCUUGGUAGAAGCACAAGGUUUGCAGCAGGAGCGGCUGCCUGGACGUGCCAUGGCCCCACGGACGGCCUCUGCAGCGCUGAGCAGAUGUGGUUGCCGCUGCACCUUGGCCCUCACUGGGUGAGCACUCAGGUGCCCGCUGCUGACCUUCCAGGCGGGCCCCAAGGGCUUGUGUAAAUAAAGGUGCUCUGGCAAGCUGGCA